UCGUGGCCGCACAAUAUCGUCUGCCGGUACCCUGCGGCGUUUUGUACAGAUCCCGAGGACUCAAUAACGUUAAUAUCCCUCGGGUGACAAAUGAGGGGCACGCCGCAGGACGUCCGGCGUCGAUUAGUUCACCUCCGGAGGGCUUCCAAGGGAUCGCCGUGGCGGCCAUCUUGGAUUCCACCCCAAACGGAAAGCUUCGUUUUAGAAAUCCACCAAACCUACUCCUAUGCCUUUUUGAAGGCACCAUACGAACAGUUAUAUCCUAAGAAUGAUUUUCUACUCAAAAAUAUUCCCGAAGAAGAGACAAUGUCGAAAGAGACUGAUAAUUCCUCCCAAAAUGGUCCCGGGUGAAAGUGACGCGUUUCGCUCCGUCACGAUGGGGGUGGAAGCUCUUAACGCUUGGCUAUAAUUAACCCUGUACAAAACAUGUAUGAAUCGACCCUCGAUUCGGAGCAAUAUUGAGGCGAACAGGCAUGACUUUUUACUUUGUCGUCUAUACACGUACGUUAUACAACUUGCGCCGCUGAAAAGUUACUGGUACCGUCUGGUACUCUUUGCCGACGAUAAGGUGCACCGUACAGAGAGGUACGGUACCACCAUCGAUUCUCCUUCUUUCCUUCUCUUUGACGUCCUUCUUUUCUUCCUUGCAAUUCCUUCUACCAAUGCCUCAGGCGGCGGGACUUUCAUUUAUAAAAAGAGGGAGUCGGCUUAGAACACGAAUGCAGACGUAACAAGAAGUUCAUUUCUUGGGCAUCGUAAUUAUUCGAAACUCUUCGUAAUGUUGAAUUAUUCCUCGUGUUAUAAAUAAUAGGCAAGUGUAGAAACCAGAAAUAUACUUGUAAUUUUUUCCGCUGAUGCCGAAGAGAAAUGUAUGGAGGUGAUAAGGUGUCUCGCACGUAAACCGGAUAAGAAUGCUUCCAAUACACGUGAGGACCCGUCGAAUGUAUCAUUAAUCAAAAAAGGCUCCAUGAGUCUCAAAAUAUGUGAAAGGUUGUACAUAUUAUGCGAUAUUCCACCCCAUUGCAAGAAUGGAAACUCCGCCCUCGAGGACGACGCCGCCCCUGACAUGCGCUCAGGUACCCUCCUGGCGAAUCCCCUUUUUCACCUGUAAUCGGUGUCUUAAAACUUCAAGUAACGUACAGAGAGCAUGUCAGUGACAGUGCCUAGUUCGUAAAUGGCCCUCGACAUUGCCGCAAUGUAAAUAAAAUUGUUUCCAAGUGACACAUCCUUCGCAAACGGUUGUUAAACUGAAGUACCAAAAUGGCGGGUGAGUUUCAAGCUAACGCGCGAUAAGAAAAUCACAUUAAAUCGUUCCAAUGACCGAAAUAACAUUAUUUUAUUUCCCGGAGACUUAACGACUAAUGAAGUAUUAUUAAACGUGGUUCGCUGUAAUCUCCUUUACGUGAACUUAUUAAUAAUUGCUUUAGCUAUGAGAAGUGCAUUACAAGAAGCGCCUUUGGAUCUGAGCUGCCGUGGUGCAAGAUCCAGAAUUAUAAACGAAACUCCGAAAUAUCCACGCAGACUGCCCUGUCAAACUUGUGGGAAAGACUUCGACAGACCAUCUCUUCUGAGAAGACAUUUAAGAACGCAUACAGGUGAAAAACCGCACGGCUGCACAGUUUGCGGAAAAAUGUUCAGUACAAGCAGCUCUCUAAACACCCAUUCGAGGAUUCAUACCGGCGAACGUCCCCAUGAAUGCCCAAUUUGCGGGAAACGAUUUACGGCAUCAUCCAACUUGUAUUACCACAGGAUGACGCAUUACAAGGAGAAACCACACAAAUGUCAUGAAUGUGGUCGAUCGUUUCCAACUCCUGGGGACUUGAGAGCUCAUGGAUACUCUCAUACUGGUAAUUGGCCACUCCGGUGUCCUGUGUGUACCCGAGGAUUCUGCAAACCUGCUGCUUUGCACCAUCAUGUCCAGUUACAUACCGGUGACAGGCCUUAUUCUUGCAAAACGUGUGAUAAGAAAUUCUCGGUUGCCAGCAACCUUCGAGCCCAUGAGCGAACUCACUGCUCCGAUUCCGUGAACGCAUCUUCCGCAAGUACAAUUUUACAAACCGAAAAGUUGGUAACGAGUAAUGUCGAUUUCAGUGCAGAGAUUGGGUCGACCUUGCACGCCCCGGCUCCUAUUUUCCCCUGGAGUCCCUGGUUACCACUUCAGUAUCACAAGUGAAAAGUGAUACACCGAA